CUGUGUGCUUCUCCUGACUCCGAGCUCAGAGCUCUCCGCUUAGAUGGGACCAAAGCCUUAGCAAGACUCACACACUUCCACAUCAAUCCCCCGGGGGAGAGAAGGGGAGCGCUCGGAGAUCCAUCCGCCGGCUGCUGUAAACACUGGCCACUUGAAAUUUCUGCAAGGUCUGUAGACGAGAUAGGCAGAGUCUACUCCGAAUCAUCUCAGUCUCGGGGUCCAGAAGACACCAAGACGGGCCCAGGUGUGCGUGACUGUACCUUGCAACUUUUGAACCCUGGAACUGUACUCUAAAGCAUUAUGACUCUUCUGGGCUCUGAACACUCCAUACUCAUACGAAGCAAGUUUAGAUCAGUGCUACAGUUAAGACUUCAGCAGAGGAGGACACGAGAGCAGCUGGCAGACCAAGGCAUCAUGCCUCACUCGGCCUCAGUCAGCUCCUCACUGGGGAGGUUAAAGCGAGGCCGUCUCGCAGAGGAACUCAAUGAGAAACUGGCUCUCAGGCCAGGGCCCCUGGAGCUGCUCCAAAAGAAUAUCAUUCCGCUAGACUCUGCCCUCACCAUGACAGUAAACCAUGGCAAGUUCCCCAAGCAAGAGGACUCGUAUGCCUUUGAGGAGGACAGCAGCAGUGAAAGCCUGUCUCCCGAGCAGCAUCACAGCGACGAGUCUCAGGGUUCAGCCUGCCCUUUGUCUGAGCUGGGCGGCAGCAUGCCCUCGUCCUCUUCCUCACCUACACUAAGCAGCGCACAGCAGGAGGGCACGACCAGAGAGCCGUCUGACCAAAGACGGGAUGAAGGACUGUCUGGAGUUUGCAACAACCAUGCCAGCCCCCCAAUUCCAGUUCCUGCUAUUGUCAAGUCCAAGACAUCGGACAAGAACCGCCAUAAGAAACCCAAAGACGUGAAGCCCAAAGUGAAAAAGCUGAAAUAUCACCAGUAUAUACCGCCAGACCAAAAAGCUGAUAAGUCGCCUCCACCUAUGGACUCGGCGUACGCCCGACUCCUCCAGCAGCAGCAGCUGUUCCUGCAGCUGCAGAUCCUCAGCCAACAGAAACACGCUCACACUAAUUCCCAGUCUCAACAGCACACGCAGAUGCAGGGCCAGGCUCAGCAGCGACAGCCUGCCUUCAGUUACCAGCCGCACCCGCAGGCGCAGAUGCACAAAAGGUCCAGUGAUCAGCUGUCAGUUUGUACGCCCAGUGGCCAAUCCAAUACUGGAGACGGCAAUUCUUCCUCACCAGUCAACACCACAUAUCCGAACCAAAACGUCUCCCCGGUAAAGCCUGGGCCGCUACCAGCCAAUCUGGAUGACCUUAAAGUAUCAGAGCUCCGGCAGCAUCUUCGUAUUCGUGGAUUGCCUGUGUCAGGUACCAAGACGGCUCUCAUUGAGCGACUCCGGCCCUUCAAGGAUUCCAAUACCGGCUCGUCUCCAUCGGGCUCCACCGAUAUCACCACAGUGACCUUCCCCGUGACUCCGACGGGCUCGAUGUCUUCUUACCAGUCUCCGUCCUCUUCCAGCACGCUUUCCCAGGGAGGCUAUUACCCUUAUCCCAGCAACUCCUCUACCCCACCCAUCUCACCGGCAUCCUCUGAGCAGUCCCUCAGUGGCUCACUCCCAGACAGCUUCAGCGAUGUGCCUAUGUCCUCUCCACCACAGUUUGCUGUGCAGGCAUCCCCAGGUCAGCUGGGCAUGGAUGAUGGCCUGGGAGGGGCUGGAUCCAGAUCAGGAGAGGGUGGAAUGACUGGCAUGGAUGCAGAAAAAGACAAAAUGCUGGUAGAAAAACAAAAGGUGAUUGAAGAGCUGACGUGGAAGCUACACCAGGAACAAAGACAGGUUGAGGAGCUAAAGAUGCAGCUUCACAAGAGAAAGCGUUGCUAUGGCACCAUCACUCCAUCUGAGCCCCACAAUCUACCCAUGCAUAAUCCAACUCCAGAAAUGAUGGGCCUUCAUCCCUACCAAGUGAACAUCAAACAAGAGCCAAUGUCCUUGUCUUCAAGCUGUCCGCUCUCAACUUCCAAACAUAUCAAGAGCUCCCCAGGGAACUGCAUGGAGGACAUGGGACAAUGCAAUAGCAUGCUUCCCAAUAUGGGGGGUGAUUGCGGGCCACAUUGUAUGAACUCGGGCAGCCCGUCCACCAUGACUGCUUUCCUCAGUCCGCAGUGCUCACCGCAAGAUUCACCCGUCGGAAAGCCUUCCGGAAGCCCCCAGCCAUCGGCCCCGAGCAACCCUUACAUGCUAACACCUUCAAUGGGGAGGGACGGCUGCCCUCAUCCUACUUCCCACUGCAGUACUAGAGGAUGCAUUAUGCAGCAGGUACCCCAUAAGAAUGGUUCUCAGCCCGUCAACUGUUCUUAUCCGACGGACCAAAGAGGCCUUCAGGGAGUUUAUUCCAAUACAUCGGAUUAUAGCCUCAAUCACAACGGCUCAGCCAAGCCUGGCAACCCAAAUAUGCAACCAAAGAUGUCAUUUUUGCCCCCUCCUCGUCAUGUUGGCCAAAAGUGCCAAGUCUCCUUCAAUAGUUCACAUUCAUCUGACUUAAGCCAGCUCCCAUGCUAUGAGGAUGCAGUCAUGCAGCAACUGACCAGAAGUCAACAGAUGGAUGAACUUUUGGAUGUUCUCAUAGAAAGUGGAGGGUACCCCAGCCUAUUGGUCCCAAGGCUCCACCGCCACUACGACCACCAUUCACCCACACAGCUUCACUAUGACCACCUGGAGACUCUGCUGGGCCCAAUGAGCAGGGGAGGGGAGCCCAUCUCGGUUAAGAUGGCCACGGAUGACGGGCACCGAGAAGACGACGGCGGGAACAGAGACAGCGAAGGAUACAGCAGUCCCCACAAUCACCAGCGCCAUCCUCACCAUCCCCAACAGGAGAAGGUCGGGGCCAACCGAGAUCUGCUGGACGCACCUCUUUCACCGCUCAACAAGGUGUCUGCUAUCCCCGAGGUGCAGGGGAUGGUCAGUAUGGCUUUCAGUGAAACACCGUGGGAGACCAUGGAGUGGCUGGACCUGACGUCACCGACCUCAACCACCGCCUUCAACGUGCCAGCGCCCAUUGUGCCAAGCAUUUUCAACGCAGAGUUCUUGGAUGUCUCCGACAUUAACCUAAACUCCGCUAUGGACCUUCAUCUGGAGCACUGGUGAACACAGACGGUUGGGUUGGACAAGCCCAAGGCAAGACACCGGCUUUUAGUAACUGAUGGCAUGAAUCAGCUACAACAUGAGCUAGGAAAGUAAUCAAACUCAGAAGAACAAUCUGGAUUCAGGCCAAUCCUGAACCAACACCAGACUUUAACAUGAUGCACCUUAUGUGUACGCUAUGGGAUGGGAUUAAGAUCAAUUCAUUAUUUAAGGAAAUUAUUUUUUAGAAAGACAUGAUCUGGUAUCAGUAUAAAAAAUCGUACGUUUUCCCUUUGCCCACAUUUCUUUCAAGUGAUAUAGAAAUUGGUAAUACGAUAAGCAACUAAUUAGGAGCUAGGAUAUGUUUUCCUUGAGGGGGCCGUGGGGUGGCCGAGGAUAUUUCAGGUGGUCCCAAAAACAAACGAAAUUGUUCUGAAAGCACUGAUAAACAGAAACAAUGUGAGAAAACCCUGAAGACAGUGCCCGCUUUCUGCCAGUGAUUAUAGGGGCCAUAAAGAUUCAUCAUACACAAAAGCGUUACAACAAUACUAAUCCAAGGCUACUAGUUUUAGGGAUUAUGUUUGUGUU